AUGUUUCUAGCUUUUGAGACCUUGCAGGCGUUGUUGAUUCAAGGGUUUCAAUUGCUUGAUAUGUGGAUCAACCACUUAGCAGUCAAGAAUUUAGACUGCCAAAGAUCGAAGUUUCUUGAUUCUGUGACAGCAGGUUUCAUCUUCUCUCGGCUUAUGAUCUCUGUUAGACUGCAGUCAUGCAUUCUCUUGGAUAUUUUUGGCCUAUUUGACGUUCACGUUACUUACUGGAACCCUUACCCAUUGGAUAGGAUCAUUAUUGGAAUGGAAAGCUCUACUCAACCGGAAUCUUGGCUUCUUCCUAGAUAUAGAUACCUUGGUAAUGGCCAAGUACUUGCACAUCUGGUUGCUCCAUGGAAUCUGGUGGAUGUAGUUUUGAUUCUCAACAUGAGAGCGUUGCUAAGUGCAAUACUGAGACGAGUAAAAGGAUACAUCAAACUGAGAGCAGCUUUAGGUGCUCUUCAUGCAGCUCUUCCUGAUGCAACUUCAGAACAGAUACGAGCAUAUGAUGACGAAUGUGCUAUAUGUCCGCUUACCAGUCUUGGUUCCGUUACAAAUGAUAGGAACCAAUGGCUAAGGCUAAAAGACUUCAAUGCAGCCACCUCUUUCAUCUUGGAUGCCUGCGAUCAUGAUCAUGAUGGUGGCAGGUUGGAUCAAGGCUUAAAUGAGGUUUACUCUUGUCCUACAUGCCGUAAGCCUCUUUUUGUUGAUAGAACUGAAAGUGAGACGAAUCCUAGCACAGGAGAAGUCUCAAGCGAUGAACAGUUAUCCCGUCAGUUUGAAAGACAAAAUAAUCCUGCGCAUGCACUAACCACUGGAGUAUUCCCCACCCUGACGCCAAAUUCCAUUGAAAGUGAUCCUUUGAGGUUAGAGUUUAUUGUUCCAUCGUUAAGACCUGCAAAGAACAAAUUAUGUUGCUGUAACAGUGAACAAUCGUCUCCAGAUGUGACGAUAAUUUUGCGUAAAAGUUUCAUGGCUACUUGGAACCGAGGAAAGACAUUCUCAGGGAACAUUCUUGGUCCAGAUGUUGGGAUUUUAGCAAAUCCAAGAGCACUUUUUGAAGACAAGAUGUCUCGUGGGUUGUGUCGAAGCACGAAAAGUGGUGUUACUUAA